AAAGAUGGAGGGUGGCCUGUAUGUAUACAAAUCAGAGGAGUACGCAAUUACGAUUAGGAUGACGAUGGAGUAGAGAAAGAAAGGCAAGGGAGAUUAGUCAGAUUGCAUAAUAAAGUAAGAAAGGGAAAUUUGGGUGAGAAUUAGUACAAAUGGCGUCUUCAUAGAUGGUGGUGGGGGUUUAAAAGCUAGCUACCACAUCACACAUCCUCUGCAACUCUCCUCUUUCUUUCUUUCUUUCUGAGUUUCUUCUUCUUCUUCCUUGCAAGCACCUGCAUAUUUCCUCCUCUUUCUUCGCUUCACGUUCACCAUUGAAAGACGCGAAUUUGAAGGUGUACGUAAAUGCUUUGAGGUGUGGGAUUGUUUCCAGACAUGUCGGGGGUGAAUGGGAAUCAUCAAACUUGGGAUAUGCAGGAGCCGAGUGUGGAGACGGAUAAGUUGAGCUACGAGAUAUUUUCCAUCCUCGAGAGCAAGUUUCUGUUUGGGUACGACGAUCAGAAGCUUUGGAUUCCCAAGAGCAUCGCGCCGCCGGCGGUUGAGCAGUGCAAGAAUGAAGAAGUGGUGUCGACGUCGCCGGCGCUGUGCGUGCAAGGGGGUACUACGAGAGGGAAAAUUUGUGUGUUGUCCAUUGACGGCGGCGGAAUGCGGAGCAUCCUGUGUGGGAAAGCUUUGGCGUAUUUGGAGCAGGCGUUGAAGGCGAAAUCGGGGAACCCGGAUGCCAGAAUCUGUGAUUACUUCGACGUCGCCGCCGGCUCCGGCGUCGGGGGAAUUUUUACGGCGAUGUUGUUUGGAACGAAGGAUCAGAAAAGUCCAAUCUUUAACGCGGACGGAACGUGGAAGUUUUUAGCUGAGAAUGGGAAAAGACUGUAUUCCACGAAAGGCGGCUCGAGCUCCGGAGGUGGUGGGAUUUUCAGGCGAUUUUUCCUAGGCGGAGGUGGGGCCGUUUCCGCCGCCGCCGGUAUAGAGAAGGCGAUGAAGGAGGCAUUUACAGAUGAGAAAACCGGCCGGAGCUUGACGCUUAAGGAUACACUAAAGCCGGUUUUGAUUCCAUGCUACGACCUUUCAAGCACGGCGCCAUUUCUGUUCUCCCGGGCCGACGCGCUGGAGUCCGACAGCUUCGACUUCCGGCUCUGGGAGGUAUGCAGAGCCACGUCAGCGGAGCCGGGAGUGUUCGAGCCGGUUUGCAUGAGCUCCGUCGACGGCUCCACCCGUUGCGUGGCCGUGGACGGCGGACUAGCCAUGACCAACCCGACGGCGGCUGCGAUUACCCACGUUCUCCACAACAAACAGGAGUUCCCGUUCGUCAGAGGCGUGGAGGACAUUUUGGUUCUUUCACUAGGAACCGGUCAACAGCUUCUAGAAGGCAGUUUCCCAUACGAUCAAGUCAAGGAAUGGAAGGCCAAGAACUGGGCUCGCCCCAUGGCCCGCAUCUCCGGCGACGGCUCUGCCGAUCUAGUGGACCACGCCGUGGCCAUGGCUUUUGGCCAGUCCCGGAGCACCAAUUACGUGCGCAUUCAGGCUAAUGGAUCGAGCUUUGGUGGCGGGGUGAGUGUUGACACCGACCCCAGUCCUAGCAAUGUGAGGAUGCUUGUUGGGGUUGCAGAUGAAAUGCUGGCACAGAAAAACGUGGAAUCUGUGCUUUUGGGGGGGAAGAGGAUUGGAGAGCAAAGCAAUUCCCAGAAACUUGACUGGUUUGCUGGAGAACUUGUGCAGGAACAUCAGAGGAGGACUAAGAGACUUGCCCCCAUUGUCACAAUCAAGAAAGCUACUCCCAAAUAGUAUUCAAAAUAAUUAAGAAAAGUGGCAUUUGCAGUGCAGGUGAGAAAUUUGUAGAGUGUGAAGAAGCUAAGAGUGAAGAGUGGUAAAAAUGCAGCUUUAACUUUUGCAAGAGUGUGAGAUAGGAAGAAGAGUGGUGGCCAUUGAAAAAGACACUCAACUGUAAAAAAGGAUGAUCUUGGUGGGAUUCUUUGCCUGCCAGAGAGAUUGGCAUUUGGUGGACAUACCACUUUGAAAAAGUCAAAGUAAAUAAAACCCUUUGAUAUAGGGAAAAUUGUGUUUUCUUGAUAGUCCAGUCCUCAAAAAAUGAUUGUGGAAUGAAUGGGGACUAAAAUGGGGAUAAACCCCUUAUGAUAGGCAAACCUAGCUUACUAGAUAGUCUAGUGGUGCUGGCUUUCCUGUUUUCAUUCCUACAAUCCCCUCCUUUUAUGGGGUUUUACACUUAGCACAAUCUGUGGUGGUGAAGACAAAGCAGAGUGGGUUUGACCAAAAGCAAUUAAUUGGUAUUAAUGGAUCAUCAACUUAGUGACUUUAGUACGUGUUGUCACAUUUUCUCAUUCCAUUUGAGUGGUAUCCUUGUAUGUAUGUAUGUAUAUGGCUUAAUUGGGAGCUAUUUGACAGUUGUU